UUCCCUAUUUGACUCUCAGCUGAAGGCAAUCCUUGGUACCCCACUACCCCUUAUCUUUUUUCAUCGUUCAAAAUUCUCUUUCUCCUUCUUCUCUUCCUGUUUCCCUUCAACUCGGCACCGCCUUAUUAACACCCAUUAUUCCCUUUCUUCGAAUGAAAAAUAUCAAUAAGGUGUCGAAGAAGAAAACUUAAUUUUGCUUUAUUUAUUUUUGCUUUUUGUUUUUAUGUUGUUCAGCAAGGAAGAAGGAAAUCAGGAAGGGAAUAAAAACGGGAGAGGAUGUCUUGUUUAUUGCCACAGUUCAAGUGCCAACCUGACACUUUCUCUAUCAAUUUCAGGACUCACCACUCUCACCAUUCAAGACAUAAAGAAUCUAUAUGUUUCCGGGCACAUUGUGUUUUAUCUACCACUUCACCAUCAGCAUCAACGAGGACAACUUCAGUGCUUGAUGUAGAGAAGCUAAGGUUGCCAUUUUUUGAAGCUCAGCCAAAUUCAAUUGUGGCAGAAAGAGAACGGACCUAUAUUGGGGGAACUGGUCCACCCUCAGAGGCAUGCUUUGGAACAACUUUAGGAACUGAAAAUCUUCUUACAAGUGAUGAGGCUGUAAUUGCUGCCGCCGCCGCUGAAGCCGUAGCUCUUGCACGAGCAGCUGUUAAGGUUUCAAAGGAUGCUGUCUUGAUGUUUAAGAACUACAGUUCUGCUAAAACAGAAAGUAAAUCCGCAACUGAUACUUCAACUUCCAAUUGGGUCAUCUUUACUGAAGCAGAGAGGGCUGGAAUUGUUGGAGAUUCCCUCGAAGAUGACUGUGAAUUUGAAGAAGGUGAUUCAGAGCAAAAUUCCACAAAAGAAUCUGAUGAACCAGAGCCAACAAAUGAAGAACUUGAACUUCUUGAGGAACAAUUAUCUGGAAACAUAGCAGUGAGGUCAAAGCGCCAACCUGAACGAAAAGCCAGAAGAAUGAGAGCAGCAGAGAAGGCUGCUACCAAUGUUGUUUCUGUGAAAUCCAGUUCCACCAAUAAAAAAAGGCAUGGUGCUGUCCGAGAUGGCAAUUCUGAUCCAUUGCGUUUUUUGAGAGGGACUAAUGAUACUUCCAGGCUUCUCACUGCUAAUGAAGAACUCGAGUUGUCGGAAGGAAUACAGGACCUAUUGAAACUGGAAAGUGUCCAGGAAGAGCUUGCAAAGCGAUUCGGAGAAUUGCCGACCUUUGCACGGUGGGCUGCCGCUGCUGGAGUUGAUCAGAAGACCCUGAGGAGGCGCUUAGAUUAUGGUGUACUUUGCAAGGACAAAAUGAUUAAAAGCAACAUACGACUUGUUAUUUCUAUUGCAAAAAAUUAUCUGGGAACCGGAAUGAAUUUCCAAGAUCUUGUUCAGGAAGGAUGCCGGGGCCUUAUAAAAGGUGCUGAGAAGUUUGAUGCCUCUAAAGGUUUCAAGUUCUCAACUUACGCUCACUGGUGGAUUAAGCAAGCUGUACGGAAGUUUCUUUCUGAACAGUCAAGGACAAUUCGCUUGCCAUUAUACAUGGUUGAGGCAACAUAUAGAGUGAAAGAAGCUAGAAAGCAGUUGUACAGUGAAAAUGGAAGGCAGCCCGACAACAAAGAAGUUGCAGAGGCAACAGGGCUCUCCAUGAAGAGGCUCACCACCGUUCUUCUCACUCCGAAGGCUCCUCGAUCUCUUGAUCAGAAGAUCGGGAUCUACCAAAAUCUCAAACCUUCGGAAGUAAUUGCGGACCCUGAAGCUGAUACAUCGGAAGAUAUCUUGACAAAACAAUUGAUGAAGGAGGAUCUCGAGAAAGUGUUGGAAAGCUUGAGUCCUAGAGAGAGACAGGUUAUCAGAUGGAGGUUCGGAAUGGAGGAUGGGAGGACAAAAACUUUGCAAGAAAUCGGGGAAUCCAUCGGUGUAAGCCGAGAAAGAAUCCGGCAAAUCGAGAUGUCUGCUUUCCGAAAGCUGAAGAGUAAAACUAGAACAAAACAUCUGCAGCAGUAUUUGAUUUCAUAUGCCUCGUAAUAUCAAGCAUAAGGAUCUAUGUUACUCCGACUCUUCAUUUUUCUUAAAGUACCCGAGUCAGAGUAUCAUAAUUAAGUAGUACAGAUGAAUCUGGCAGCAUGCGUGGUUGAGGGUCAAAAGGAUUGUUUAAGAAACACAUAUUUCUUCUUUAACCAGAGGUACAAAUAUAUCAAAGGCUGUUCAUAGAAAAA